CUCUGCUCCUUUUAAAAGCCUGCCCGGCUCCGCUCCGUUCCUCCAUUCGUCCCCUCGGCCGGCGGCUUAAACCCUAGGCUCCUCCAUCGCCGCGUCUUCAUCGCAGCCGCCGCCGCUUUCUCCGUCGCGCCGAUGGAGUUCUGGGGUCUUGAAGUAAAGCCUGGAACCACUGUUAAGUGUGAUCCUAGCGAUGGCUACAUCCUUCACCUUUCCCAGGCUGCUCUUGGGGAAUCAAAGAAAAGCGACAAUGCAUUGAUGUAUGUCAAAGUUGAUGAUCAAAAGCUGGCCCUUGGUACCCUCUCACAUGACAAGUACCCUCAAAUCCAAUUUGAUUUGGUCUUUGACAAAGAGUUUGAGCUGUCACACACCUCAAAAGCUGCCAGUGUGUUCUUCUCUGGAUACAAGGCGGAGCAACCCGGUGUUGAAGAUGAAAUGGAUUUUGGUCCUGAAGAAGAUGAAGAUGAAGAGGAAGAGCUGAACAUUCCUGUAAUCAAGGAAAAUGGCCAAGCUCAAGGGAAGGAGGAGCAGAAAAGCAAGGCGGCGCCUGCGGCUUCAAAUUCAAGUCCUGCUGUAAAGGAUGUUGAAAAGAAAAGCAAGGACGAGGAUGACAGUGACGAGGAUGAAACUGAUGAUGAUUCUGAUGAUGAUGAUCUAUCUUCUGAGGAAGGCGAUGCUGAUUCAAGUGACGAGGUUGAUUCCAGUGAGGAUGAUGAGGACAGUGAGGAUGAUGAGGAUGAAGAAACACCAACUCCCAAGAAGCCAGAGGUAGGCAAGAAGAGAGCAGCGGAAAAUGCUCCAAAGACUCCUGUUUCUGAUAAGAAAGCGAAAGUUUCCACACCAUCUGGCCAUAAGACAGGUGGUAACAAGGGCACUGCCCAUGUGGCAACUCCGCACCCAGCAAAGAAGGUGAGCAAGACCCCUGCAAACAAUGACAAGUCAAAGGAGAAGUCCCCGAAAUCUGGUGGGUCAGUCUCGUGCAAGUCGUGCAGCAAGACGUUCAACAGUGACAUGUCUCUGCAGGCUCACUCGAAGGCCAAGCAUGGUGGGAAGUGAGGGACUCUCUGCGGUGGAAGUUGGUGCCUUUUUACAGUCCGGGAAGAAAUGUGGGUGUUAGGCCUUAUUUUGGGACGAGACGUGUCUUAGCGGUUGUUAUGUGAUUUUUGCGUUCGUGGAGACUCUAAUGCUGCAGUGAACUUAUAUUCUGGGUUCGGAUGGUAGUUAUGAAUUGUUGAAUCUGCCUCGAUGGUUCUGCUUGGUUUUUGGUAUACGUGGAAGCCUGCCUGGCUACUGCUUUGGAUGAAUUGUUCGGCAGGACUUAUUUGCA